GAAUGUGUGAUGAGCACGGUCGAUCCUUUGUCUGAGGCGGAUACACUUGCCCUUGUGCACAAUCACUGACAGCCCGUGGCCCUGGUAAUCCGAGGAAAGCCCCCGGUUCUGAGACAUUCCGAUCCUUGAGUUGUCUGCACAUCGACACUGGAUCCGAUGUCAAAAUAUAAUUUUUAUUUCCCGGGGAAAGCCGUUCUCUAGUCUCACACCUUGAUACCAAUGUCAUUUCCUUCAGUGUUCCGAUGGCUCUUGCGUACGCACAGAAAACCGUUGGUCGUACAAUGUUGUGUACGGUAAAAGCAACAACUGAAAAGUUGUUCCUUGAGCGUUCUCGCUGUCGCCACCGUUGCAGCUGGAAUCGGUACCGCGGUCUUCUGAUCAGGCACAAAGGCAUGAUCCCACGAUCAGGCAGGCGGCAACAUCCGCAGACAUCUACCGCUGGCAUACACCGAACUACCACGCAGAAGAAGAUGCGUGUCAAGACCUAGACAGCAAAUAAGGGUAUUCCCUACUGGCAGAGAUGCGUCGUGUGCGUGUAUGAUUGUUAUAAUACGGAAGUGUGAAGGCGUGUUUUUUACUCGUAUAUCUGUGACGUGAACCGAUUAUCGUGACGGUGAGUGUAACGGGUUUUUUUCCAGGGGAAGCUGACGCUUCGCCCGUUUCUCCGAGCCUCCAGUGGUGCUACAGUGGCGUGUCUGUUUUGGCUCACCGUCCAACUCUAGAAAGAGUGUGUAUCGCCCGUGGAGUUUAUCUUGCGCCUCAGCAGUGUUUCGUGUUUUUGUAAAGAGGUACACUACUACGAUCACGUUGUGUCAUCCCAAAAACAUAGUGGAUUGACAGUCUCUGGUUUGCGCUCGUCCUGGUACUCAACGACGCGCGGUGUGCAAAAUGGCAAGUGGCAGGCGACCGUUAUCAGCGGUCAGCGGGUUCUGUAGAAGCAUUGCCGUUGUGUUACUUCUUUCUGUUACUCAGCGUACAUACCUUUCGAGCGGGAAGAGUUGGUCGGAGACCAUAUCGAAUGCCAUUAAACACGACCAAACAAAAACGGGUGUAGUCGAACCAGGAGAAACGGUCAGUAUCGUGAAUACCUCGGGACGUGACCUUGUGUAUCUGCCUCCAGACAACAAACAAGUUUACAAUGUUGCAAGUGACGUGUGCCAGGUAACAAUUCCGACACUGCUGUCUACGUUGUUUGCUACGUCAGAUGAUAUAGAGUGGGUCGUGACGGGGAACACAAGAACUCUAAUAAUUCCGUCUGACGUCGUACCGCCAAACGUGACAGUCCAGUUUUGCUUUCAGGUGAUGGACACUGAGAAAAACAAACGUCUAACAGCGGUAAUCAAAGUCGCGGGAGCGAAAGGCCUCUCAACCAAGGUGUGUUUGUUCCUCGGUCUGCCUCUGUUGGUGGUGAUGACGGCGUUCGUAUCGUGACUGUGACUGUAUUUCCUUUUUGUAAAUCAUGACCGACCAAUCGACUGCGGUUGGCGAAGGAGGGUGCAUCAGUGCGCUUUGCCGAGGAAACAAAUACCAGAACAACGCGUCCAUAUAUCGUCUGUAUCUUGGCGGUGAAGUAGAGGGGAUACUCGCCGGAGCAUUCCACUGCUAUGUUCGUCCAGCUGGAAGUCUUCAGUGAUGGAGCAAAGAGUGUCUCGGGUCUUGCCCUGAUCGGAUGGAUCCACACUGGUGUUUCAAAAACAAAAUUCGUGUGUCACACAUCUGUAUGAGCGCCUCAGACUUCGAUGAUCAAUCUGGAUAGACCGUGUCACUGAACUCCCGAGCACAUCUGCGCGUGCUGUUGUUACGCUGAGUGGGUCGUACCAGAGGGAAUGCCAUACUUGAUGCAAACGGUAUUUGCCGUAAGGCGUAAUCAGCGGCGCCUCCGUGAUUCCGAUAUUUUCGUGGCGGUCGGAAAAGAAAGUACGAUAUUCGAUCGACGUUCCCGUUCCCGGGCUAGUCGCGAAUUGGUAGCUAAAUAUAGUGGCAGCUGCAGGUACAGGGCCAACAGUGAAUAAACCUAAGCGUGCGCCAAUGCAAACUGGCGCUUCUGCAGGAGAGUUUGAUGUGAACGACACAGAGACAAGUGGCAUACCGCCAUAACAACAGUAAGACGUCUUUAGAAUGUGCGUGGAGAAGGUAUUUCCGGUACCAAUGUGACACUUUUUAGUAGGCGCUCCGUCAUACCGAGGGUGAAAGCAUUCGUUCUACCACCAGGCAGUGAUCCUCCCCAAUCAAAUAUGCCGCGGGCCGAACGCUGUGCUGUGCGUGCCCGUGCUCAUGUCGUGGCCAAGCGCAUACAUUAAGUUGCCUCUUUGUACAAAUACCUCAUUACAGCGUACUGAUGCCAAGACGCCUCCCAUAGGUGUUGGAUACUUCACGAAUCCAGAAGCCACCUGGCGCCUUAUCUUGCUUAACGACUCUGUGCGAUCCGAUAAUUCUGAAACACGACGCUCUAGGAUGUCACUCUUCUGCGCCGAGGCCGAUGGCACGAGAAAGAGUUGUGGUUUGAGUGGGGCCGCAUAUUCGGUUCGUUUGUCUGAUGACACGUCACUAAUGGUCUGAAAGAGACUUUGUUCACAAAUACAGCUUGCCAGCGCGCCCAAAAAUAAAAUAAAGUAGGCACUAGGUAUCCCACAUCGAGGACGAAUUAUUGUCAUAAUUGGAUUUCUUGCGCUUGUACGGAAACCCCCCAAGAGGGGAACGGGCACGGUUCGCAAUAGAGAGACACGUGUUGCAACGCCAGCACCUCCCUUCUCUCAAAAUUAUAUCUGUCGCGGAUCGCAUGAGUUCAGCACACAGUAGAAAUCGGGGAAGGCGCUAGGAGUGCGAAUACCACGGAGUCCCACGAACAAUAAAACCCACGGCCAUCCCGGACGCCCCUCACAGCCGCUGUACCCGAUGAGGCAGUCGGAUGGCAGAGGAACGGGCACCGUACUGCGGCAACUCGGCCACACACUGCCACGAAGCGAACGACCACAACUGGGCAUGAUACAAAUCACAUAAUCGUUGAUAAUUCGCCCACCAUCGUUUGCUGGUGUUGCACUAACCACUGUUGCUCUCUUCCCCUUGUCUGUCCCUUGACGCCUGUAGUGCAAGCGUGCCAACCUGUCACCAGGAUCUCUCCUCGAUUCAGCAGGAACCACGACGACAGCUGGUUCCCGUGCAGGUGGCUUCCCUAUUCAUUCGACGCGGUCUGGCUGUAAGUCCAUGUUCUCUAGAAAGACUGCGAACACGUUCUCGCCUCCGUUUCCCGUUCGAGACUGUUCCUCCCCUAACCCGCCUUUGUGUUCAUUCCCCGAUUGCAUGCCAGUCACCAGUCAUUUCCUACCGCCGGAAGCUGCUGCUGGGGGCACCUUCUUUCGAGAGGGCGUUGUCGCCGCUGCGGCAGCAGACGUAGCAGACAUGAAUUUGCCUGCCCCAUCACUUUCACUAAUCAAACUUGAGCCACAUGUACCCCUGUUAUCGCUCACACUUUUGGAACGUCGUUUCUUGUCAGCCAGUGUUUUUCGCUGUGUCGGAGGUGUGCCAUGUAGCACUACUGUGGCAGCAUACCCCGCGGCGAAUUCGGUUCCGCUACCUGUCCCUCCAGAGACCGAUGAAGGUGAGACGCUGUACGGAGAACACGUUGUCUGUCCGCCGCUCUCAGGAACCUCAGGCAGCGGGCUCUGUUCGUGACCCUCACCUUCACCACCGCGUAGAGGCACCAUCUGCUUGGGGCAGACAGGUAGAGGGGCAGCGCCAGUGGCAGAUGAACAUGCAUUUGUUUCCUGCAAAACGUGCUGAGGAGCCACUUCGUCGCCGACAGCAGAGUGACCUUCCCCUUCUUUCUUACUUUUCGGUUUCCGCUUUCUUGACGCUUUCCCCUCUCCUCCCCCUGAGGCGGCCCCGGCUCUCGCGCCGCUUCCACCCUUAGCUCCGGUCGAAGUGUCAGUCGCCGCACCUCUUCCGUGCAGAGGCUCCGUUUCGGAAUCUGGUACAUUGAUAUUUUCUCCCCCAAUAGUGGCAUACGCUUGUCGACUGCCCGCGAGCUGAGACGCACCCAGACAGCUUGCAGAGACCUGUGGUGAACUCAUAUGUUCACGUGCGCCGAAAUCACCCACCUCGUGUUGAACAGCGUUGUUAUGGUCGAACCAUGGUGACAGUGGGGGAGCACUUUGCCCCGUCUGCAUGCCUGAAGUGGAUGGCGAACUUGGUGUUCCUGCGGCAAGCUGAGGGGUCCGAUCCCCUGCAGAGAGGCCUUUUUCUCCACGAAAGAAUGGCGAGAAGUUAGCAAAUCGCCCGGGUACUUGCGACAUCUCAGGGCCAUAACCAGGCGCGGGCAUGCUCGAAUAUCCCAUACUGCAUGCGCCCGAAGCAUUGCCUCCAAAAGAAGCGUCCGAGAUAGGGUACCCCCCCUGAAACGGAGUAGCCGUUCCCGAGGCUGGCGUCCCCGGAAAAGUCACACCUGCGGGAUACCCAUCAGCCUUUCCGUAGUUCGAGGGAAGCCCCGGCAGAGUUGAUCCCAGACCUGGGCCAUGGGCAGCAAAGGGAUGAGCAGGAUAGCCUCUCAUCUGAGCCGACAUUGCCCCGACCGUGGGUCGAAAGCGACCUCCACCGCCUGCUGAAGAAGGGUCGCCCAUAGGUGCGGACCUUUCAGCUAGAGCGUCGCCCUCCUCCAAAUUCCCCGUUCCUCCGGCUGCUGCAUGCUGCAGACUCUGCCACGACGCCCCUCUCUCAGCGCCUCCCUCGCGAGGCGCAUGCUGGGGCUGGAAUGAUGUGUGACAGCUGGCGUGAGAAACAGCGGGUGAGUUAGGGUACGCACUCGCGGGAGUGUACUGGCUUGGCCGAAUAGGAGAAGGGGGACCCAUAAUAAUCGAGGCCGAUCGAGAAGGGCCUUGACUGCCAGUGUCACUGCCCUCUGUCAUAUGCACAGACCCCGUGCAGUCGCUACGGAGCCCAGAUGCUGGCAGCCCCGAACCUCCUCGGGAUGCCGAAACAGACGAAGUGACUGAAGAUGCAACAGAGGACCUGCGACGCGUGCGGUCGCCACUCGGUGCGUGGCCUGUCGCCCCACUGGCUUUCUGUCGCCUUCCGCUCCCGUGGCUGUCUGACCCUCUGACGCCUCUUGCACUCGAAUCCAACCCGGCCAUCUCGGCGCCAGAUCCCCAAGCCGCCCCGGACCCUAACUCGCCUGGGUAGGUCUCUGCGGGGCCUCUGCCACUCCAGAAAUUGCCUUUGUCGGCUCCACUUCCCCCGGCGCGCUUUCCCGAGCGAAAUGCGGAACCUUGGAGAUGACUUCCCCACCCUGCGUUUGCCGCGGAGCUUCCCGUAUCAGCAGAAAGCGCGCCGUCAAGGUACCCUUCUGCCCAAACAUCUCCUUGGGUUGCUACUCCUCCUGUCGAUAAGCUUUCUCGCGAGCUGGCCGAGCUCGAGCGGUUUUGCAGAUGCUCAGCCAUCGCCGGAUCCAUGUGGGGGGCGUCCAGAACAGCCCCCCUUCUCGCUCUGGAGCUCUGCGUACUGGCAGAGAACCGCCUGGUCCCUGCAAAGCCGCCCUCUGCCUCGUCUGGCAUGCCACUCACCCUGCCCUCCACGAAGGGAGAAAACGGCACUGGCGACGCAUGCAUCUGAACGCUGUUCACCCUUACAGCCGCGCCUGCCUCCUCCGCACCUGCCGGCAUCAUUGCUGGAGGGGGGACUACGAAAGGCCGCCGAGAGGCCUGCGGGAAAGGCUCCAUACUGUAGGGACGAGGGGAGUAAGACGAAAAAGCCAUAGCGGCCGCUGCACAGGCAUUGGCUGCCGCUGAUCGGGCAUCUGCCAACGCGCGCUUCUCCGCCUUGGCCUCUGCCAGCGCUGAGGCGCGUGCUAGCCAGAGAUCUUCGGGGACCAGGGCCGCUUCCUCGUCUUCACUUUCGUCCAUUUUCUCAAGCUCCUCACCUUCACUGGCGAAAACAGCGUCCCUGAAGGGGCCUUUCAGACCACCCCCCACGGCCUCAAGGAGACCAGCGCCUCCGCAGGGGCGGGAAGCGAAGGAAGGAUCCCCAUGUCCUCCUUUCAGGGCUGCAUCUUCGUCCGAUCUCUCGAGCAAAGUGUCAACACACGUGAGGACCUCACCCUUGGACUCAGCUGAGAAAAAGGCUUCGUUGAGGACCGGCAACCAGGGAAACGUAUCGGAGAGACGCCGCAGCCUCUGCUCAAUUUCCUCACAGGAUGAGGACAGAAGCUCCAGUCGUUUGCGCUUUUGUGCUCGCCUUGUUGCAUACGACUUGCCGAGCCGCUUUGCGUCCUGCCUCUCGCCAGCGCUACCUCUAGGUGCCAUAUUUCGAGCUGAGGUGGACGGCGACCCGCGAGGAGUCGGCGUCGGAGAUUCCUUCGCCCCCUCUUCCUUCCCUUGGAUGUCUGUCACGCAACCCUCUUCAGUCUUCACGAAAGCAGACAGCAGCGCCGGCGCGUUCUUUUCCUUGUCGCCAUCCUCCCCUGACCGGGUAAGCGGCGGACAAGAAACCGGUGUAAGCUGCAGGGCAGAGCGGUCGCCAAAGACCUUUGCAUUCCCUUCCUCGCGAGAUAGUCCAGCGCCCUGGGGAGGAGAGACCAGCUGUUCCCCCAUGUCUCCAAAGGCCUUUUCACCCUGAUCCGUUCCUUCUUCCCCCAGCGAAAGACUCUCCGCUGUCCCUGCCAGCGCUGUCUCAUCUCUCCCACGGUCUCCCUUAACGGUAUCACCCACCUGCUUUUCGAGUUCUGGAGCAGUCGUCUUGCUCGAUCUCUCACCAAUACCUGGUGAGCGCUCCCCAGUGUCUAUUAGAGCGUCCUUCUCUUUCUCUCGCUCUUUGUCGCCGCCACCGCAUCUACGCACAGUAGACAAGGAUUGUUCCCCCUCAAGCGGCGACCCAGGAGCGUUCUGGGUCCUCUCUUGAGGGCCUCCUUGUGUUGGAAGCAGCUGGUUGGUGUCGUUCUCACUGCCUUCCGCGCCAUCGUCGGAAUCACGCAGUGUCUGCUUCGCCUCCGCGCCCCCUUCCAGCCUCUUCUCUGCCG